AUGUACAAGCCGUGGACAAUUAUAAACAUAUUUAUAGUGUCUCUUCUACAUCUGCUGCAAGGUUCUGAACAUGGAUCUGUAAAGGUAAGUGGGCUUUAUUUUGGAAUGGUCUGCAUCAAUAGGAGUCUCGAGACCACAUGGGUUUUCCUGUCUGAAACGAUCUUCAGACUACAGUGGCACCUUUUUAAUUUCUUUCUGGGGUGACUCUUAAGUAUUGCAUAAAUAAACAACUUUGACACAUGUAAUACCGUCAGAGAAGAUUUAACAGCACAGUCCAGCCAAUUUAAGCAUUUUUCUGACCUGCCAGAUUUCCAAGGGAAAGACUAAAGGGCAUGUUUAACUAACCCAUUGAAAUAAAUAGUAUUUAACUUUUGGCUGACUUCUGCCUUAAGGAGUAUAUAGGAAACAGGAAUGUAAUGAAUCUACAUUCACAGCUGAUUGUCACUUUUCUUUUUUGGCCACUUAAAAACAUAAUGUGUUAAACGAUAAUUCAUUUUCAGCGGUGGCAGAUGACCAAAGGGAACCUUUUUGAGAAUUCCAGUAUGACAGAACUUUUUGCAAUAACAUAGCCUUCUCUUAAAUUGUUUCAUCCUCAGUCAGUGCUUUUCCUGCAUCUCUCCAAACAAUUUGUGCAUUACCUGUAAGCCUUCCCUUUCUUUGGCAAGAUUAGGAAGGUUGCCUUCUUGACCAGUCACUCUGUUUUUGCACGGAUCCACUUUGAAAAUAAUUAGGUUUUAAAUACUGUUCCCAAAUAACGUAUUUGCUACUGCCCUUUAAUAUCCAGUUCCUAGAAGUUUUUGUCAUUCCAGGACAUUGUCAAAUGUAUGUGUGUGUGAUUAGAGAAACUCCUUACUGCUGUAUAAUGUACCAAUCCAGUCUGAAUAAUUAAGCUGAAUUCCCAUAUGGUUUGAGAAGUAAUUCUUUGCCAGAUAUGAUAUGGGAAAUGCCUUCUAAGGUUGGUUCAUGGUGUAAGCUUUCAAAAGAUAAUAUUCCAGCCUCCCUUACAACUUCAUUGUGUAAAUAGCAUAUUUACGAGACUUUGAAAGUUUAGAAAAGGUAUCAGUGUUCCUCAUUUCCUUAACUUGUUACAUUCUACUGUUAGCUUCUUCAGUAAAUCAGAAAACUGAAUUGAAGAUUCAAGCAAGAAUCUUGUUAUGUUCACAUUAAUGGGGAGGGGGGCGGGAAUGCAACUGCUGGCGUUUGGCAAAAAUGUGAAUCAGCCAGGCCCCAGGGUAUUUCUGCAGUACAAUGAUAUAAUGCCAAUUAUACUGCAGAAGCAACAUGGAUAUACUGAAUAGGUCAAACUAAAAAGAGAGAGAGGAUAAUCAUUUCUUCCUGCUAGAGUAGAAGUCAGCCUUUCUGCUAUUGUCUAUGAAAUGAUUUCCUUUUAUCAAAAUACAUUUAUUGUUAAUAAAAUUAAGGCUGCAAACCUAUGCUAUGCAUAAUUGCUUGGGAGUGGGCUCCACUGUUGACUGUCCUUGCAUAAGGAUUGGGCUGCCAAUGAUAUCUACAUAGGAACGAGAAAAGGCUAUUUUGUGCUUUCUGUUAAAUCUCCUGAGGUUUUGAAAAUUUUUACACCAAGUACCGGUACCUAUUAUUUUCUGAUUUUUCUAUAGUUUGGAAUAUAUUUCAGCUGAUGCAAUUCUAUACCUGCCUACUCAGAAGAAAGCCCCAUUGAAUUGCAGGGGGCUUAUUUCCAGGUCAGUGAGUACAGAAUUGCAGCCUGUGGCUCAAAAGUGCUAUGAAACAUUUUGAGUGGCAGGUUAUUCUAAAUCUCAGCGACAUCAAGCAGCUCUUCUUUCAUGUAGAACUAUGGGCACCUUGGUGUGAAGUAGAUUGAUGGACUGGACUGGCUUUACAAUCCUCUUGGCAGGGAUCUUUAUGCUACAGAGAAGAGCCCAAGCUUAAAUUAUGUCCUUUCUGUAGGGCAAGUGCCUUGAAACACCUAUGUGCAGAAUUCCCUUUUAGAACAUAAGAAGAUCCCUGCUGGAUGACACCCCAAGACUCAUCUGGUCUGCCUUUGGGGGGCCCUGUUUUAAAAUUUCCCAGCAGUGUAUGGCAAAAUGUGUUGGUUUCCCUCACCGUAUCAUAUUACAACAGAAGUGUGUGUGUGUGUGUGUGUGUGAGAGAGAGAGAGAGAGAGAGAGAGAGAGAGAGAGAGAGAGAUUUCCUGAACUUUACACAAUGACAGUAACCUGCCUAACUAACAUGGGCUUGGUCCCAGUAUGACAGCAAGUUGAAGCCUGUGUUCCAUUAGACAAAGAGAGAGGAUCUGCCUCUGUGUGUGGCGUUAGGACCAGAGAGGUGUUGGAGUUUAAAUACAGCUCAGUGCUGCAUACCUGAGGCAGUCAAGUCCAGUGGGAGUGCCUAUAUAGUUGGCUCUCUCUUAUGUAGUGUUGCUGUUCCUGUAGCCCCCAAAUGCUGGGCUUGGCACUCAACUCCAUCACUUCACAAAAGGCCAGAUACUGCUCCCUCUGGGAAAGAAGAGGAACCAUUGCUUUGGCAGUGCCCCUGACCUGUAAAAACAGCUGCUCUGGUUUGGCCCAGUUCAAGCAGAGCUCCUCCCACAUGCUUGGGCCAAUAGAUGGAGAGACCACAGAGGAAGUUUUGGAAAAGGUUGGUGAGAGCUUGGAGAGACAGAACAAUGCCUCUCUUGUUGGGUAGGAAGAGUAGCCAGCAGGCACCGGGUGGGAGAAAGUGGAAUUUAAUCAUCUCCAGGAAGCAGCAAGGCAGAAGAAACACUGUGUGUGUGAGAGGAGAGGCUCUUGUCUGGGCAAAGUAGCUUCAGGGUUCUCUCCUCUUAGCAUUUGUGAACCUAAUGAAAGGAAGUGACACCCAGGGCCGGCCCACCCACGAGGCAAGGUGAAGCGAUCGCCUCAGGUGCAAGGAUCCAUAGCGGCAGAGAAUCCCAAUGUAGAGAUUUAUCCCAUCCCCCCACCCCAUUCCUGAUGUCGCUCUUCACUCCCUGCUUCUUCCCUGGUUCCAAGCAGGAGUUCAGAGCCAAUGUCCAGGCUUUCCUUUGACCAAAGCCAGGACGUUUGCGGUAAAUCUCCAUCUGCCUUAAAAAGGUACUUGACCCUAUGCAUGUGUUCACUGAGCAAAGAAGAUUCAGGCUGUUUAUUGAGAGCUUUUUUUCUCCCAGACAGCUGUUCCAGAAAGAGCUACGAGGGGAAGUUUGGCAAAGCCAAAUCUGUAAGAGACAGUUUCUUCAAGAUGUUUCUUCUGCCCUAGGGGAGAAGGAAGCACUGAACUUUUUAGGGAUCCAAAUCGGACUUCCAGGCUUGGAUAGUCAAGUGGCCCAUUUUUUUUUGUAUGCAGUUUUGACUAAUGUAUUCAUUUUUGCAAACAGUGUCCCCACAUUAUCAUUUUUGUCUCCCCCCCUACUAAUAUAUUCAUUUUAUGCCCACCUUCCCCUUAAGUAUGCUUUGUUGUAAACAUAGUUUGGUGGGAACUCAGAAUAACUCAGUUGAUAGAGCAUGAGACUCUAAAUCUUAGAGUCAUGGGUUCGAGACUCACACUGGGCAAAAGAUUCCUGCAUUGCAGCAGUUGGUUGGACUAGAUGACCCUUGUGGUCCCUUCCAACUCUACAAUUCUAUGGAGUGCUGCAUCACAAAAUUCAGGUAAGUACGAAUUUUAAAGAAUGUCUAUGUUUUAGUUCUUUUAUUGUUUCAGAAAGUGAAAACUUGAUAGAUUUAAAUGUGCACUGAAUUUAAUUUCUCCUCCUAUCCCUAGGUGGCCAGAUAACAAACUCUGCUCUAACCCAGUAAAUAGCCAGGCCACCUCAACACAGCUCAACUGAUUAGCUAUGGGGAUAUUCUCUAUUUACAUGCCUGCUUAAUUAGCAAAAUUUGAGAGAUGAGAGAUCAAAGUUAUUUUUUAUUUAAUACAGCAAUUGGAAACAGCCCAAUGUUCCAGGGCUACCGCCACAAAUUACAUUUCAUGGCAUGUGCUGUGAAUAUUAAUUUCCUUAGGAGUUAAGAAAUUUUGUAAAGUACACAUGUUGUCAAUGAACAUAUUUAUUGGCUUUCUGAACCCUCUGCUCCUCUCAAUUCCUUGUGACUAAAAGUCAUGAUGAGCAACGGUUUCUACAUAAAAUAAAUGUGUUCAAAAUAUUCCGGAAAAUUGAUCCUGUCAAUUCCCCUGGGGAGUGCCAUUCUUUUUUGGUAAGUCUUGAAAGAGAGCCCUCUCUUUUAGGCUGUUACCAUGCACCAUGUUUUUAAAACAGCAAGAGCAGAUAAAAAGCACAUGUUUUUUAACAUCCCACUGCAUGUCCUUGAUGUACUUAUCACUUUGAGGGGGAGUGGGGAAGGUAAAGGGAACUAGGAGAGCUUUCUCCAGCCCAGGCCUUUUUUAUUCAUGAAAAUAAGUUGAAAGUAGAAAGAUAUGCCCUCCCUUUCCGGUGCUUCAAAGUUCACAAGAAAUACCAUUGUGUGUUUUACUUGGUUUUUAACGAUGCGCCAAGCUGUUACAAUAAAUCGAAAACAAAAAUCCCAAGAGACAGUAGCUAAGGAAAUACAGCGGUACCUCAGGUUAAGUACUUAAUUCGUUCUGGGGGUUCGUACUUAACCUGAAACUGUUCUUAACCUGAAGCACCACUUUAGCUAAUGGGACCUCCCGCUGCUGCUGCGCCGUCAGAGCACGAUUUCUGUUCUCAUCCUGAAGCAAAGUUCUUAACCUGAAGCACUAUUUCUGGGUUAGCGGAGUCUGUAACCUGAAGCGUAUGUAACCUGAAGCGUAUGUAACCCGAGGUACCACUGUAUGAGUUGCUUUCAGCUAUUGUAUAUAUUCCAUUUUGGGGGGAAAGUGGCUGGAGCCACCAGCCAGGUUCUUGUAUCUCCUAGACUGACAUUUUUGGUACUGCUUGGUCAUAAACAUCUUCCACAUGCCAGUGUGUGUGUGUGCCAGGUUAAGGAGCUUCUACAGCUCGGUUCCUGGGUUGCUUGAAAGCAAACCAUGUUCAAUAAAUGUCCUCAAAUAAUUCAUAAUUCCCCAUGAGUCAAUGCCACAGAGUGUGAAGACCACGGAUGCAACUUCAGGAGACAAUAGGGUCUUCUGAAAUGGACAGUCUUAAGGUCCUAAAUCUACCUCCCAGUUCUUCUCUCACUGCUCUCUUUUAUAUGCUGGACCCAAAGCUUGGCAGUCUCCCUGGGAACCUAAUAGGGAGACACAAUCUGUGUUAAUGCUGUGAGCACUUUCAAUUUGUGCAUGCAACAGUAUGCUUUACAGAUCAAAUUAACUGUAAAAUGUUAGCCUUGGGGAAAAAGGGACAUUGUUGAAUGUUUUUCAUGGCUACUGUAAGUCAGUUCUUCAUGAUUCUACUGACUGGAUAUAUGUUUGUUUAUCCCAAGGCACUUCUUGUUAUGCUAGGGGAAUUCUUCAUAUUUCUUUUCUAUGAUUAGUAAUUCUUGAUCAGAUUUGAACAAGGGACAGACUCCUGACAUUUUGGAUCAUUUAUCCAGCAGUAUCUCAAGGAGCACCUCUCCCCGUAUGAAUUGACUCAGACCCUGCAACCAUCAUUGGAGGCCCCUCUUUGUGUGCCUCUUCCAGGAGCGGUCUGGAGGGCGGUAACACGAAAACAGGCCUUUUCUUUGGUGGCUCCCCAUUUGUGGAAUGCUCUCCCCUGGGAAGCUUACCUGGUGCCUUCAUUACAUAUAUUUGGUCACCAGGCAAAAACAUUCCUCUUCUACCAGACCCUUGGCUAAUUAAACAACCAAUGGCUUUUAUUGCUUUUGUUGUUAGUAUGCUAUGUAUUUUUAUGUUUUUAUAUUGUAAACUGACCUGUGAUGCUUGGAUGAAGAGUGGUAUAUAAAUUUAGUUAAUAAGUAAAUAAUAGAAAAACCAUGGGCUGUUGAUCUGUUUAUCUGGGAUCCUUUGUAACUAAUUCUUUAGUUACAAACCUUAGAAAUAACACCUCUUUUAAUCCAAGAGUAAUUAUUUAACCAGGCCCGAGGUAUUUUUUUAAGCCUAUAUUUUUACAGUCUGUAUUACAUUGGCACAAUCAACAGAAAUGUGUUCUCUUUCUUACCUAAGGGCUAUAUAUAGGCACAGGAUUGAUCUUCUGGUUUCCACUCCUUCCUUACAGAGAACGUCACUUUCUGCCCUGGAGUGGUCAGAGCAGCAGAUCAGGAAAGCUGCUAGCCUGGAAGAGCUUCUUCGCAUCACCCACUCUGAGGACUGGAAGCUUUGGAAGUGCCGGCUAAAGCUCAAGGGCAUGGCCGCUCUGGAUUCCAGAUCAGCCUCGCAUCGCUCCACAAGAUUUGCUGCUGCUUUCUAUGAUAUUGAGAUACUAAAAGGUAGGCGCACAGUUUAUGAACUGAAUAUUUCUGGAUCCACUGUGACAUAUGUUGGGCAGUAUGCAGAGCUGACCCACCCAUGUGGCUGGGUGAGGCAGCUGCCUCAGAUGGCAUUCUGCAUCACCCCUCUUCCACCCCGCAGCUUUGCCACUGGUCUUCUCCCUGGUCUCUAGCAGCUGUGAGGGACUGGCAGCAAAGCUCUGCAGAACAUCUCCUCUCCUACCAAGUUGGCGAGAGGAGAGGCAUCGCUGACAAGUCAGUGGAAGAUUCGUCCCCCUCACCGGGCAGUGUGGUGGGGCUUUGGUUGGCUUCUCCUGAAGGGAAGAGCCAAUGCUAACUCCACUGCUGGGCAGGAAGUGGAAAUCAAAAAAGGCUCUUUCCUCACCACCACCCAUACCUUGGUCUGAUGAAGAAGACUUACAGAGUUUGCAUCCGGGUGUGGGUGUGUUUGUGGCGGGGCGGCUGUGAGACGUUUCUCUUUUUUGUGUGUAAGUUUUUUUUAUUUGAUUUUUAACAAAUAUAAACAUAUAAAAAAUAAUUCAAGAUCCAUAUAUCGAGAUUGCUCUGAAUCUCCUGACUUCCCCCCCAUCCCUUCCAUGGGUCCUAAUAAUAAUAAUAAUAAUAACUGGACAUCAAUACUUACCCAAGUUUUAACCAUCCAAAUUAUCCAUACUUUUGCGAGAUGCUUCUCCUCAGGUAUCAAAAGGUCUUUGGCCACCCCUGUUUUUAUGUGAAAGGCAGGUUGUUAUGUGUUUUUUGUGCCUGAAACACACACACACACACACACACACACUUGCUGAUGGGUCUUCUCCUUGUUCAUAAGGUUAUGUCAGUGCUCUGAGUGAUAUAAGCAGGAAGCUGUCUUUUUUAAAAAAAAAAAUCCAUUUGAAAAUAAAGUAAAAUAAUAUUUUAAAAAGUUGAAAAUGGUACAGUUAGGAGUCACCAUGUGUCUAGAGAUGUCACAGACACUGUCCAGUAUGUAUUGAUAUAGUAUAGCCACUAUACCGAAAGCAUCCCACAAUUGUGUUUGUAGUGCUUGCUUGGCUGGGAGGAAAUGAUAUUUUGUCGGCAAUAAAGCAAUGGACUUUUUUUGCUUGGGGUGCUACCCUGGGAGAAGCUGCAUGGAUCCCUGGAAGGAAAGCAGAAGCCAUGAAGCAUUUAUUCCAUGAUUUAAUGUGCUCACCUGGAAAGGUGUCUACAAACUUGAAAAUUCACACCCUGAAAAAACAACAACAAAAAAUUCAAUGUGCUGAUAGGGUGCUUGAUCGAAGUUCUGAGUCUGAAGUGCAGACAGGUGUCAAACCCAUUGUUGCAAGAUCUGUAUCAGGCAUUCUGUCUCAUGUGUGCUGAAUGCAAUAUGGGCAGUGGCCUUACAUACCAAAGGAGACCAAAAAGAGGAGGAAUGUCCUCUAAGCCUGCUACAGACUUCUUUAGAUUUUCUGCACAAAACUAGGUAUUUUUCUUUGUUUCCGCUCACAACACAGUUCGAGCAACUCUGCUCUAAACAAAGCAUUUUUCCACUGCAAGGAAAAAUGUAAACAGACAGCAAUAUUUAAAAGGAAUGUGCCAACAGCAGCUUGAAAUGCAGAAACAUUCAAAUGCCUGUUUUUAUUAGGUGUGCCCUGAUGUAAAACACUUUAUCAGCUUGGACAUUGCUGGGCAGGAGCUUCCUGGACAUCUGUUCUUACAAAGAGAGGAAGAAACAGAGACUAAAACAUUGGAAAGGAUGGCAUGGGCUCUGGUCAUACCCUACGGGUGUGCUGUGGCAUCUGCAUUUCUGUAGUUAGACCAAGGGUUGCUAAUUCCUGAACUGGCUCUUAUAGCUGUCCCUUUUAACAGCCGUUUGAUCAGGUGACCAAAGAGCAGGUCAUAAUGUCUGCCGCCAUGUUAUGAAAAGUUUCACCUGCCCGCUUUGAGCUCAUCAGAUAUUUGCUAAAAGGUCAGGAGAAGGCCAAAGAUGAUUCCCACCCCUUUUCUGGCCAGUUACAUCAGAAGAGCUUGACUGGAUCAGCCCAAGGGCCCAGUGCAGUCUAACAUCCUGAACUCACAGUGACCCAACCAGAUGUCUUGGAGAAACCCACAAGCAGGGCCUGAAGGUCACCAUGUUCUCCUCAGUUGUGAGUCCCUGCAACUGGUAUUCAUAAGCUUCAUGUCACCCCAAGCUGGAUCCCAUGAUGGCAUUGGAUAAUCAGUGUUGGGCAGCAUUGUGUGAUCUGGCAGAUCAUGAGGUGCACGUCAGUCCUGCACCUCUAAGGGGGCUGAUGAUAGAAUCUAUCAUAUCUGAGUUUUACAGAACACAUUGUAAAGUACAGAAAGGAUAAGGGGAGAAAUUAUAACUACAUCAGCUAUGGUGGUCAGUUGGUAAAGCUCUCACCUUGAUUGAAGCAAUUCAUAAUUGAUCAUGAUCCCUCUCUUUCCAAAUUGCCAUUUCAGAGGUGAGUGUUCAUCCCUCCAGGCCAACAGGGGACCAUCCAAACACAGAAAGGAAGCACAAACUGGUUUGCAGCAGUGCCAGGUUUUUGCAGGGAAAACUCAUGGAAGAACCAUGCCCAUCAGACAGCCCAGUGAGGACUGAGCAUGGCCAUGAAAUGUUGACUGGCUCUUGCAGGGGUGGAUGGGCACGGAAUACCAUGGCGGAGGGAGCACUCCACUCUGCCGCAUUUAAUUGCACAACUCGCUUGGCUCAUUUAUAUUAAUAAACAGCAGAUGUCAUAAUGUUGUCAAAGUGCAGUGCUGCAUCUCACACAGCUACGAAGGACUCCGAGAGCCGGCCAGUGAGCUGGUGAGUCCAGUUGUGUGAUGACAACUGCUGCUUUUAGAAUGGCUCCCUUGUUCUCCAGUCAUAGAUGAGGAGUGGCAAAGGACUCAGUGCGUACCGAGGGAGACCUGCGUGGAAGUUGCCAAAGAGCUGGGCACGGCCACCAAUAAAUUCUUCAAGCCUCCUUGUGUGAAUGUCUACAGAUGCGGAGGCUGCUGCAAUGAAGAGAGCCUAAGCUGCGUGAACACCAGCACAUCUUACAUAUCCAAAAUGGUAUUUGGACUUUUUUUCUACUCUUCUGCAGUUUGUUUCUCCUUAACCGUCAAAUCCUAUGCAGGUUGACUUUGAAGCAAGCCCCUCUUAAUUGAAUAGACUCGUGGAUAGCUCUUUCCUAAGUAAGUGUGUGUAGGAAGACCAGCCACCCAAUGGAUGUCCUCUGGCGCUGAACUCCCAUCAACCCCAGCUGAUAGGAGUUGUAACCCAAAAUACGCAGGGGACGCCAUGUUGGGGAAGAACAAGGCCAUGAAAGUUGCCCAUAGCUAUGAAUCUAUUCACCAUGGCAGAGCAAGUGUGGCUGUCCCACAUUCACUCAAGUCUGUAGAACUAUAGACUCCACAAUGUGAAGAGGAGGACAUGGGGUACAUGUUAGAUUCAUGCCCAUCGCAUCUCCUUAGGGGCAAAUUGUAACUGAAGAUUCCUAACAUGAAGCUCAAUCCUCUAUUUUGCUUCAUUGAGCAGGAAAUGUGGAGGCUAUUUAACAAUUAGGGGAGGCUAUCUAACGAUGUGUUUUAAUAGUAGUGAAAAAUGCUGUAUUUCAUCUUUCCAGCUGUUUGAGAUUUCAGUUCCUUUAACAAAUGUGCCAGAUCCGAUUCAAGUCAAAAUUGCAAACCACACCGGUUGCAAGUGCUUAACAAAUGCUCAGCGCCCAUCGUACACCAUCAUACGAAGAUCUGUUCAAUAUCCAGAAGAGGAUAGGUAAGAUGGGCAGUCAGUCUUCUCUCUAUCCCAUUUUUUUUAAAGACACACAAUCGGUCAUGAAGCUUUUCUGAGUGUUCAUGAAUUGUAUGCUUUGUUCUAAGAUCAGUGGUUAUCCGAUGUUUUUUAAAAAGUAUGUUUUUCAAUGCUACAAAGAAAAGUUAAUGACUGCUUGGAAAAACAAUGUAGAAACAUGUUACAUAACAUAUAGACUUCUCUUCUAGCAGCAUUUUUUAAUUACUAUGGCAUCUUUAAUAUUUACAUUUUUUAAAAAAGAGAGUCAAAACUGUCACAAGCAGCUGUGGCAAAUUAAUAAACAGCAGGCAGUUGGAAUGUAUCGAGGCCCCAGUUUGAUGACUUAGCAAAUUUAAUUCCUUGAACUGUUCCUUUGACGGUAAUGAAACUUCUGGUCCAAGUUCCUAAGACACGUCUCUAAAUGCAGAAGCUUCUCAACAGACUCUGAGCCCCAAUACACCACGGCCAUGUGCCGUCUGUCUGCUUAACUCAGCCUUCCCCAACUUGGUACCUUCCUGAUGUUCUGGGCUAUAACUACCAUCUGCUUCAUCCAGCAUGUUUGUGCUGGCUGGGGGUGAUGGGAAUUGUAGUCCAAAAUAUGUGGAAGGCACCAAAUUGAGGAACCCUGGUUUAAUGUAUUUGACUAGGUGUAGGGACACGGGUGGCACUGUGGGUUAAACCACAGAGCCUAGGGCUUGCCGAUCAGAAGGUUGGCGGUUCGAAUCCCCGUGACAGGGUGAGCUCCCGUUGCACGGUCCCUGCUCCUGCCAACCUAGCAGUUCAAAAGCAUGAAGUGCAAGUAGAUAAAUAGGUACCGCUCUGGCGGGAAGGUAAACGGCAUUUCCGUGCGCUGCUCUGGUUCGCCAGAAGUGGCUUAGUCAUGCUGGCCACAUGACCUAGAAGCUGUACGCCGGUUCCCUCGGCCAAUAAAGUGAGAUGAGUGCCCCAACCCCAGAGUCAUCCGCGACUGGACCUAAUGGUCAGGGGUCCCUUUACCUUUAAUUAAUUUGACUAGCCCCCCCCCCCAGCAAGCUGGCUCUCAAAUGCCAUUUUUGCAUGUAUUUAUUUGAAUAUUUAUAUACCACACUUCCAUAAGAAAUAUAUAGCGAAGCGGUGUGUAUACAUCAGUUACUUUUUAAAUGUGUUCUUAACAUAUUUAUUUGGCCUUUUGUUUUCUUCUAGUUGUCCCCAAAUAAACAAACUGUGUCAUAGUGGCUGGAUGUGGGACAGCGAUAAAUGUGAAUGUGUUGUAGACAAAGAUCGUCCUGGCAGAAGGGAAGGUAUAUACAGUACUAGUACUACUUAUAUACACACUUUAAUAUUGAAAUCUGGACCAGUUAAAAGAACAACAUAACAACAUUAUGAAUAACAACAUUAUCAAACUGAAAUAGGUGGGCGGAGGUGAUUUCCCCCCCUUGCUUCUGUAACUCUGCAUCCAGGAACAAAAGAGUAAAUCUGGGCAGAUUGGUAGUUUAAAGCAUUUUGCUUUUACUAGAAUAAACUGAAAUGAGAAGCUCAGUCAGACAGAAGUAACACUCCUUCAUUUGAAGCAAAGCAUUUGUCCUCCUCCCAGAUACUCCCACCCAACUUCGCACGCACAGCGGGAUUAUCAUCAUCAUCAUCAUCAUCAUUGAUUAUCCUAGGCUAUGUGCACCUGGAGGGAUAGUAAAAUCUGGGCAAGUUUCAAGAGCAAUUUCCUCAUGAUAUGGCAUGAGAAUCUGAUGUUCAAAGCGGGUGGGAAGAAAAUACUUACCAAGUGAUUUCUAGCCAUUGCUGAGACAAAUACUGCCCCACCCCAGGAAGAGAAGCAACUCCAGAUAAUUGUGAUUGCAAUUAAUGACCUGGAACAAAAGAGCCUCACAGCUAGCGCCAGAUGCUCAAGGGUGCUUUGCACUUUGUUUUUCCUAAACAACCACACCGCCCCAUGCCACAAAGCAAACCAUGUGGGAGAAGCUAAGGAGGAGUUUGUGAAAUUGUUAUUAGGGUCUUCUAUUCAAAAGGGGAAGGCAAAAAGCCUGCAAAUCCAGGCUAAGCUAGCUCUUUAGAUCCCAACUGAAAAAAACACACCCUAGAAUAUGGCUGUGUAUACAUCAUACACAUAGUGCUGCAGGGGGGAACUGCAAUUCCUAGAAUACUUGGGGUGUACGGUACACUUUAAAUGUAUGUAUAUUGCUGUCAUGACUUUUAAAGUCCGUAUCCAUACAGACUCUGUUUAUUUCUGCUAGAAUAUCAACUUCAUUAUACAGUGGUACCUCAAGUUACAGACGCUUCAGGUUACAGACUCCACUAACCCAGAAAUAGUACCUCAGGUUAAGAACUUUGUUUCAGGAUGAGAACAGAAAUUGUGUGGCGGCGGCGCAGCAGCAGCAGCGGGAGGCCCCAUUGGCUAAAGUGGUACCUCAGGUUAAGAACAGUUUCAGCUUAAGAACGGACCUCUGGAACGAAUUAAGUUCUUAACCCGAGGUACCACUGUAGUUCCAUUCUUUUCAAGCUGUGGAUUCCAUAGUUUUAAUGGCAGGUUAAUAGGAGUUCAGAUUUCUGGACUCACAGUGCCAUAAAUAGUGCAUUUUAUAGGUUAAGUUCAAGUCUUGCUGUACACCUGCAGGAUAUUACCUUUGAGUGACACCCUUUAUCUCUCUCUCUCCCCUCCAAAACAUGUGCCAGGACUCCCUCCACUUGCUGAACUUGCGAUGUGUGCACCAAAUAUGAACUUUGAUGAGGAAAAUUGUGAGUGCAUCUGUAAAUGGAAAUGCACUGGCAAUUUAUUUCAGAACAAAGAGAACUGCAGCUGCUACUUGUGUACGGAGAACCAAGACAGCUGCCUUCAGAAACACAAGGAGUUUAAUGCAGAAACAUGCAGGUAAGCCUUCCUUUACAUUUGAGUUCCAUACGGCAUGCUUGGUCCACAGCCAGGUUGAUUGAUUCCCACCCCGGGUUGAAAUUUGUACUAAAUGAUAGGGCUUGUGUAGCACGUAAAUCUCCCAUGUAACAAAAUGAUAAUGAAUGAAGAUCUUCCAUGCAAUGUGGAGCCAUUCUGUACCUCCCUUCACAUGACCAUAAUGGACAUAGUCUUUUCAUGCGUUCCUGUACAUACACCAUGGAACAGAAGGGUGCACUUACCACAUUGUCUUCUCUGACUUACUGUCUUCAAACAGCUGUGAAGACAAAUGCCCAUUCCAAGCCAGAAUGUGCCCAACCGCUCGGCCGGCGUGCUCGAGGCACUGUUGCCGCCCAAGAGGGGGAAGAAGUCCUCACGGGUCCCAAAGCAGAGAAACACCAUGACUGAGCUUUUGUUAUCUCCUGUACUACCACUACCACACUGCUUUGCAAAGUAGCUGCCCACCAUCGACUGUUAAACAAUAAUAAUCAUGGAUAUGGGUGGCUUUACUGCUAAAAAAUACAAUUAAAAUCCAGUCUGUCUUCGUUAUUAAGACAACGAAUGGAUCUGCAAGGACAUUGCCAUCUGACUGCUGAUAUAUGCUACAACAAACUUUAUCCUUGUUCUGUAACGGACUACCAGAAAGACCUACGUUCAUUGAUGUUGUAUGAAAAAGAAAGUGGCAUGUUAGCAGCAAUGGGGAUAUCUUUACCAAGCAACUUUGAAAUGCAGAGAAUAGUUCUAGGCCUUCAACCUGCUUAUUGGUCAUAUUUCUUUUUAGACCAACUUUUCCAGACCUUUUAAAAUUUGGUUCCCUAAUGCAUUCAGCACUGAAUGAUUCCAUCUACUGUCUAUCUGUGUUUUAUUAUUUGGGUUUAUCCUAGAACUACUGUCUGAUGUGCCAUAUUUAAAAUGUAUAUAGAAAAAUAAAGGCACCAGUUAUUAAGUAAUAUGCAGUGACGUGUAUAAUUUCUACGGCAAGCUUGGUCAGAAGGAAUGAACUACGACUAGAGGUUUUCAUGUGCAUCCUUUCAUUCCAUACACAUGGAAUAAAAGUGUCCCCACACUCCUCCUUUUUAAAGAAUUCUGUUCUACCACUCAUGUGGUAAGACUUGGGGUGAAGCUAAAUGCUAACCCUGCAGCAGGGGAUUUUUUAUUUGAUGCUAGGGAGAAGGAGGGGAGGUUUCACCCUUCCCUCCAGAUGUAAUCCUCUCCAAAAUCAUUCAUCUGCAUUGCAAUUAGCCUUCUUAUUACUUUACACCCUGCUCCCAAAGGAGCCUAGGAUGGCUUCCAAGAGAUGCAACAAUAAAAUUACCUUAAAAACAAUUCCAGUAUAGAUGCAGAUGAGGAAAGAUCUCAACUUAACAGGAGGGAAGGUCUUAAGCAGGCGCUGAGAAGGCGUCAAAAAUGGCACCUUCCUAAUAUUCAAGGGGAGGGAAUUCCAAAGGGAAGGCGCCACAGCACGAAAGGCUUGAUUCUUCCAUUGUGCGGAAGGGACUUGCUGAUAACAGUGGUAUUUACAGGAGACCCUCCCUCACCUGUGUGAGUGAUCAACUGGAUAUAUACAGGCCGAGGCCAUAAGGAGAAUAAUGCACUAGAUCAGGACUAUGCCAUGUGGGGAUGGGAGCUUGAACCUUUUGCCUCCACCCCAGCCAUGAUCGGAAUUGGAUCUCACUCCCAACCCCAAGUCUGCUAUUUGCAGUUGGACUGAAAUCUCCCUUUGGCUCUGCUGGCUGGGUCUGCUGGGAGCUGAAGCCCAGCAUGAAUGGGCACAGGUUCCUUGCCUCUGGUUUAAAGGUUUGGCGGCUAAGAAAGCCAGUACUGUGUUUUUCAAAUACUAGCUUAUUUAAGGGAAAAGAAUGUAUCUUAGUAGUAAGGCACAGUAGUAAGACCCCUAGGUAUAGGGCGAUAUAUAAAUUCAAUAAAUAAAGCAUAAAAUGUACCAAAUGUACCAGGUUCAAUUCUGGCAUCACUAAAGAAGGCUGUGGAAAAAACAAGCACUUAGCUUUUUUCCCUCACAAAGUGGUUUGACAUUUGUCCAAAUGGUUCUCUUUCUCCAUAAGACUCACCUGUGAUGAGGUAGAUGGGGGAGUUAAAUGCAAUUUGGAAAAUGGCUUUCGCAGAAUGGCAAUUUUGGGGGCCAGAAAUUCAUGCAAUGAUAACGGCUUGCAAUUUUUUUGCAGUAGCUUGCAGCAAAUUAUCAUAUAUGGGCUAAUCUCCUUUUAGUGUUAAGGGCAAUUAACUGACCACUUUCAUUAAUGUCUUGUGGAUGUAAAUUGAUCUAGACUAUGGUAAGUAGGCAUAAACCUUUCUUUUGGCCUGCCACACUGUGACAGAUUACACAGGAAAAUGUUGUAUUCCAAUAGCUCCACCUAGUGUUGUCCGGACAUUAUUAACAGGUUUCUAAAAAACUGCAACUUCGAAACAUACGAAUUAAAAGAAAAUGUUCUAUGCAAAUGUCCAUAAAAAUUAGCUCAAACCUAAAUAAACUACUAUAUAAAUUUAGGAAUGCUGAAUGCAGUGUUUCCUUGUGAGAUCACAGGGCAGAUUGUUCCUUUUUUAACAAAUAUUAAAAUGGAAUAUACAAAUAGUAUACAGUGGGAUGAAAUAAACAUGGAUGAAAUAAACAUGAAUUUGCACAAAUCUGAACAGGAAGAGAAAAGCAUUAAGCUUUUUUUAAUCCUAAGCAUUGUUAUUUAAUAUCAAUAGCUUGCUUGGGACAAAAACAGGGUAUAUUUUUGGUAACAGAGGAACAUUAGCGGCCGGAGAGUUUAAAAUAGAUGUCAUAUGAUACCAAUAAUAGUGAAUGUAACUUAGGAGACCUGUGAAGUUAUACAAAGGGCAAAACAAAAUGGAAGGCAGUACGAUACUCUAUGCUUUCAAUAACAUUUAUUUUGCAAUCUUUGCUUUGUUUUGUUUCAAGCUCUUAAUCAAAAUCUCUUUGGCUUUACUGACCCAUUUCUAUAUUGUGAAAGGGAACAGGAAAGAGGCUGCAAGGAUAGCAGAAGAGAUCUAUGGAAUAGCCCCAGGUAAAAUUGUAGAGAUAAAUAUUUAAAAAACUAACUGAUCUAAAAAAUCAAAAAAUCACUGAAAUUGUCAAAAAUUGAUACUCAUGACUGCAUUGUAAUCAAGCCGAUUGGAAAUAUAAAUAUGUGUAUGAUUUUGUUAAUACAAGCAUAAGCUAGAAUGAAUAUGUCUAAGAUGAAGAAUUAAAGAUUAGCAGGGAAAACCAAUGUGCUUCAAUAUAAGGUAAUAUUUAUUUUUGUUAUAGGAAAUAAGGUUUUCUUUUUAUUGUUAUUAUUAUUUUAAAAGCCAGAAUUCUGCAAUGCUGCUAUUUAAACUAUUUCGGUAUUUAUUUAAUACAGUCUUAUUGUGGGUCUGUUGCAUCAUUAUGCGUACAAAAAUGUGAAAGAUUUAGAAUAUGCCUUUUCUGAAAGAAGACACUUGCUGGGAGAGUAAAAUGUAUGCUUGAACAGCAGUUGCACGUGGCUUGGCUCGCUUUUAUUGGAGGGAUGAAACUGGAUUGUUCCUGCUUUCUCUGCCAAGCAGGGCAGCAAGUUUACAACUUUACUAUAUGUGAAUGAAUCACAAAAUGUUAAGCUUGGGUCUUUGGCCAGAUGUGUUGACUUAAUGUCCUUCUGGGUUCAUCCCAGUCCUGGCUACUUAUGAUUCAUCCAUGGCAAUAAAAUGAUGGAGAAUGCAGGGAUAGGGGGUUUUAACAUCAUUUAAACUGACAUUACCAAAAAUCUUCCAUUAUCGCUGGCUUAUUUCCUAGGCAUUCUCAUAGCCUCGCAAAUACAAAGUUGUGCACGCUACAAAUUUUAAUCUGCAAUGUCAAACAUGAACAGGGGAGAAAAACUGCUUUUAAAUACACAAUUGCAACAAUGUGGUUUUUCAAACAUCAGUCAUGGAGACAAAAUGAUCUGUAAAUGAUGAAAUUAUAAUAUUUAUUAGGUAUAAUUUAUUUGUGUCUAGGCUACAUAAGUAUCAAUGAGCUGUCCCGUCGGAGUCAGUAAAUCUGUCAGAAGCAGUAAUGGUUAUGAAUGAUAUUAUUAAUCUCUCUACAUUUUAUGGCCUGCAGUUCCCACUUAUCUCUGCAAUUCUAUAAGGUAGCAUAUGUUUAUUUUCAAACACAUCAGUUUCCCUCACUGAAGGCUUAAAAAAAUAAAAUAAAAACAAUUCAGACGAAAAGGUAUUGGUUAUCUACGCUCUUUUCCUCUGCCACAUUGCCUUUUGCCAGUCUGUCAAAUUGAGUAUCGUUUUUCAAAACACCACCUGACCACCAGCUCUGACCUCGAUUAGAUUACUUACACACCGUUACCGCUAAGCUUUAAAGUAAUGCUGUCCAGUGCUGCUGCAUUUACUCUCAGAGCUUCAUGAAAAAUACCGUUUCCGGGAUGCCUUCAGUACCUGGAGCCUUAAGAGGUGUACCUUAUGGGAAUUACAUUUGUCAUAUGUUUCAAGGAGGUAUGUUCUAGAUUGCUUAGAAAACUACAGCUCUCUUUGUGCAAAUACAUUAGGCAGCUGCAUGUAGAAAGCUUGUACUUAAAAGACAGACACGUACAGAUAUUUAUAGCCUGGGCCUGUUCUUGUUUUCAUGGUUAUAUUUAACCCUCACAUUUCGUGCUAUUUUGUACGUUAAUGCAUCUCUUGUUUGCAGCAUCACAGGUAAGGCAAUAUUUGCUCCUUUGAGCUUCAUGGCUUAAGAGUAUAAAGAGAGCCAAACCCCAGUUAUGGAAAAUGGAAGGUGAUAUCAAUUAAUCACAGAACUGGCACAGUUCUGCUUAAUGUAACUGGAGCCCCUGCUCCAACUGCUAUAUAUCACAAUAAGAAUUACAUGGAUUUACUGAGUGCACCUAUUUAUUCAGAAGUAAGUCACACUGUGCUCAGUGGGAUUUGACUGCUAGAUGUGCAUGUAGGGCCAUCUUUAGCAUAUGCGUCGCCGGGGUGCAAAGAGCCGCCCAGAGCCCCCUUUUUUAGGGGGGUGAACUCAAAGUUGUUGACCUUUGUGGGGGGGUUGCUCACCUGUAACAACAGUGCAGCAGAAAAAAACUGCUUUUGUUUGAUGCUAUGGAGUAACAGAGCAAUGGAGGAGGGGUGGAGACUUACGCUCCAUUGCUUUUCACUGCCACCGAUAGAGAGAUAAACAUUUGGCGCCCCUUGCACCCCCGGGUAAAGACAGCCCUGUAUGUAUGCACGAGAUCACAACAGAAGUAUGGUUGUUCUCUAUCUCUCUCUCCUUUCUUAUUGACUCCAAAUGGGCCGUGAAGGAACAGAAGUCUGGUCAUCAGUUUCUGAUUGAUGAGUCUUGCAAAGUGUUUCAAAUGGCUCUCUACUGGGGUCUUGCAAUAGGUUUUGCGAGACAUGACAAUUGGCUGAUGGUCAGGUUGUGCAGAGUGCUUUGAAAAGUGCUUUUUGUGCAGCCCACAUGGCUUGAUUUCAUUAUGUUGUCAGGCAAUCGACAGGCGGGUGGCCCCACCUACUUGUUAAAUUUGGCCUGCAGGAGGUGGGGGAGAUAACGACCUAAUGCUCGGUUCAGACACUGUUCCCUGCUCCAUGUUAAAGCAAAAUAAUUUGCAUUGGGCCACUGAUGAUGGUGAGUGGAGGAACACAUAUAUGAUGAUAUCAGAGCAUGGUCAUCAUCAUCUUCAUCUUCAUCAUCUAUAUACUACCUAUCCAAGGUUUCUGGGCAGAAAGUGAUCCUGCAUGUUGUAGCAAAGGAGAGAACUUGAGGAUGCCAUUUUCCCUCAAGAAAUGCCCAAAUAACAUUCCUCUAUAAAAAGGGGCAUAAUUGUACUUAAAGGUAAAGGGACCCCCGACCAUUAGGUCCAGUCGUGACCGACUCUGGGGUUGCGGUGCGCAUCUCGCUUUAUUGGCCGAGGGAGCAGUGCAUGGAAACGCUGUUUACCUUCCUGCCAGAGCCGUACCUAUUUAUCUACUUGCACUUUGAUGUGCUUUCAAACUGCUAGGUUGGCAGGAGCAGGGAUCUCUGUUCUAUAGACUUAUCUUUCAGUGUUCUUAUUUUAGGCUCAUGGGCAGACAGAUCUCCCCUUCACGAAGCCGCCUUUCAAGGGCGCCUCCUCUCAUUGAAAACCUUGAUAGCACAGGUAAGAAACCCUAAUAUACCAUACUUCCCUGAUUUUACAAUGCAAUCCUACAUGUCUACUGAGCAGCAAUGAGACUUGCCCUCAGGUUAAAUGUGUAUAGGAUUGCACCCCAAACAUUCUAUUCACAACAAUGCAUACAGACUACACAAAUAAAUUCAGUGUUGAGUGUGCAAAUUCAAAACUGAACUGAGCAGAGCUUGCAAAGAUUGCAUGAAAGGGAAUAAACUUAGGGCCAAUGACUGCAGGUUGCCCAGGGUGUUUUCACCAAGAUUUAGAAACAAAAAUCCCCCUCCUUUUCCAGAUCUGUUUAUUGUAGUGGUGAAAGUGUCAAUUUUUUGGAACGACACAAGAGAGGGAUAAGUUCUAGACUGCAGCUUGAAGUGUUGGCGUAGCAGAAGUCCAAAACGAUGAAUUCUUUAGAAGCAGCCGCGUUCAGUGGCGUAGCGUGGGUUGUCAGCACCCGGGGCAAGGCAAGUAAUUUGUGCUCCCUAACCCGUGGAUUUGCGCCCCCUAACCCUAACCCCCAGAUGUUGCGCCCGGUGCGGCCAGCCCCCCCUGCACCCCCCACGCUACGCCACUGGCCACGUUCAUAGUUCUUUUUCUCCCAAUGCAUUUUUCUUCACAAACUUUGCUCAUGCUCACACCAGUUCAGCAUCCAUAAGGAGGCAAUGGGUGAUUUAUUAAUCAAUUUCUUACCAUAUUCUCUACUUACCGGUCUUCACACUGAUUCCCCAUAAAAUUCUGUUUCCAGGGGAACUGGGCACAUCAAUUAGUUCAUAUUGUGGAGAAGGCUCUAUUGCUGAGUAAUGUUGCUGUGUUAAGAGUUUUUAAAAAUUAUUUUUAAAAUUGCAUUUUUAUUUCACCUUUCCUUGAAGUAAUGCAGAGUGGUAUACAUGUUCCCUCUAUUUUAUUCUCACAAGAGCCCCAUGAAGUAGGUAAGUAGCAGGCCGAUAUUUUAUACCUCUUGCAUCCAAUCUCUCUUCAGUUAGAGAAAUUGGAUUGCUUAAACUAUGCUUGUUAUGGGAGAACUCUUGCAGAUUAAAUUUUGCUGAACCACAAAUCUAACCACUGGAAAAGGGUGUUUUAAUUCAAGCCAAUAUUAAAUCUGUGUAGCUAUACAUUAUUAUUAUUUUGGAACUGUUUAUUAUCCAUACCUUUUGUUCUCAACUGUAGGGGUUCAACGUGAACAUUGUUACAAUAGACCAUGUUACUGCUCUUCACGAGGCUUGCUUGGGUGGCCAUGUUGCUUGUGCAAAAGUGUUACUGGAACAUGGUGCUCGGGUGAGUACUACCAUGACUUCCUGGUUAAACUAGGCUUUAUUUCAACAGGGUCAAAGCCCCAGUUUGGCACACCCUCCACGUGCAUUUGUGUAUGCACACAGAGGCUGGGAGCUUCAAUGGUUGCCCCUCUGGAGGAUUCACCCAGGGCAAAAAACCUUGCUAGCCCCCCGUAGCUAUGCCUCUGCUUUCCUGUACAGUGGUACCUCGGGUUACAGAUGCUUCAGGUUACAGACUCCGCUAACCCAGAAAUAGUACCUCAGGUUAAGAACUUUGCCUCAGGAUGAGAACAGAAAUCGUACUGUGGUGCUGCGGCGGCAGCAGAAGGCUCCAUUGGCUAAAGUGGUGUUUCAGGUUAAGAACAGUUUCAGGUUAAGAACGGACCUCCAGAACGAAUUAAGUUCUUAACCUGAGGUACCACUGUAUGAGAGAUGCUGCUUCAAAAUGGGAUCUAACAGGGGAACUGUGUGCAUUUUGUAUUAUUGGGAAUGUCCAAGAAGAUAAUCAAAAUGGAAAAGUUAAAAGUAGGCACAAAUACCAUAAAAAAAAAUCACUAACAGGAAGUGCUUGACUCUCCAACUGCAUCCACCCACACCCUCAGUCUUGUCUUUGUUCUGUGUUGCAGGUGAAUGCAGUCACUUUAGAUGGGAUCACACCUCUGUUUAAUGCUUGCCGUUGUGGCAGUGCUCCUACCGUCGAUAUGCUGCUUGAAUUUGGUGCCCGGCCGCAACUGGAGAAUCAUUUUGCUUCCCCAAUUCAUGAAGCUGUCAAGAGAGGUAACAGUAGUGGUUUUGGACAAUUUUAACUAGAUACAAGAAUGUCAGAUGCUCUGCAGAGCUUGUCGGUCCCAAGUGAGAUUCCAAUUGACUGCCUAACAAGGUGGGUCCAGCCCAUUCCCCCUGCCCUCCCAAUUCUGGGCCACUGUCGAUGAGCACAGCAGGUAGAAAGCCAUAAACAGUUAUCAGAGGCAUUAAGCUUCAUUGGUGAUGCAGGGAGACUCAGGGUCACUAGAGGCUGCCUCACCAACCUCAGUCUUCAACCAGCCCAGGCGUGGAUCCUGCCUGUCAGCUUCUUCAUCUUCCACCUAAGUCACAGUGUUAACCAUUGUAGAACUCAGCAAGGAAGAGGAUGGGAACAAAACCUUUCUAAAUAAGUAAAUAGAAACAAGGUGUGUGUGGAAUUUGGGCAGGAAAUUGGUGGGCAAACAGUGAUUGUGUGACAAAGAAAUACAAUACAUAAACAAAGGGAAGGGAAGCAGCUGGAGGAAAUUUUGAGUAGAAAAAUGGCUGUGGGGGAAGGGUUAAGCAGUCCAUCCCACAUCAUUCUUCAGAGGCAGGAUUCAGGUCAAUGGGGUUUAGGAGUGUCUAGUUAGAGAGCAUUUAGAGGGUUUCUAGGGAUGUGGGUGGCGCUGUGAGUUAAACCACAGAGCCUAGGACUUGCCAAUCAGAAGGUCGGCGGUUCGAAUCCCUGCGACGGGGUGAGCUCCCAUUGCUCAGUCCCUGCUCCUGCCAACCUAGCAGUUUGAAAGCACGUCCAAGUGCAAGUAGAUAAAUAGUUACUGCUCCAGUGGGAAGGUAAAUGGCGUUUCCGUGCGCUGCUCUGGUUCACCAGAAGCGGCUUAGUCAUGCUGGCCACAUGACAAGGAAGCUGUACGCCGGCUCCCUCGGCCAAUAAAGCGAGAUGAGCGCUGCAACCCCAGAGUCGGCCAUAACUGGACCUAAUGGCCAGGGGUCCCUUUACCUUUAGGCCACUUGCUGCUCUAUAGUUCAACAAGGUUUUCUCCUCUGUGUUUACAUAGGCCACAGGGAAUGUAUGGAAAUUCUUUUAGCCAAUGGUGUUGAUGUGGACCAAGAAAACCCACAGCAUGGAACAGUACUGUAUGUGGCCUGCGUGAAUCAAAGGACAGACUGUGUCAAGAAACUUUUAGAACUAGGUACUCUGGCAUGUGUUGGGUUUUCUUGGAUGGGAUUGGUGGGCUGCUGCAUUCCUCAACAUGCCAACACUAUUUCAGGAACACACCCCGUCGUAAGAUGGAGCAAGGCUUUCAGAGCAGCUGUCCCUGUUCUGUGGAACAGCACCUCUGUUGAGAUAUGGCAGCUGUCCAGUAUUUGUAAUUUCCAGAAACCAUUGAAGACAUUUUUGUUUCAACAAGCUUUUCCAGCUGGGUGUAAAGGUGUUUAUUUUGUAUUGUUUUUAAGUCCAUCUUAUUUUGUUUUUUUUUUUCUAUUAAAACAAACUGUUUUAGUUGUUUUUACUGUAUCUUUGUAAAUAGUGUUGAAACUCAAAAAAUAAAAAUAAAAAAUACUCCAAAUGGUUGACAGGGAGAUAUAAAUGCAAGUCUGGAACAUUCUGUGUGGACCUUGGCUAGUUCCUAAGCUUCCGUUUCCUAGAAGCAAGCAGAACAUGUAGCCCAGCCAAGUCUCUAAUACAGAUGCUGAGGGAAGUUUGUUGUCGUGCUACAUCUCCGAGCCUAGGGAGACUGCAAGAAAUCAACAGCCCUGGUGCCUGGGAGGGACAGGCAUCACUGGCAUGCUCCCUCAUCUCCCUAAAUAAUAUUUAUACUCCAAGCCUUGAGAAUUGUCCUUGCCUGAAGGAAAAGGAGGACUGGUGUCAGCAUACCCCACUUUUGGAGGCUGGAGCUAGUAUUGGUUCCAAGGGCUAAGAUUUUUAUGAUUUAUUAUGAUUAUUAUUAUUAAAGUCAUUUUGCAAGUAAUUUUCCUUAAUGUAAUGCAUUUUGGUAUGUUAUUUCCAUUAAUAAAUGCAUUUUGGUAUGUUAUUUCCAUUAAUAAAUGCAUUUCUAUGCACAUUUUACCCUAGUAAAUGCAUUUUGUGCACAUUACUUGUCUGGAGAACUGCACAGCAAAAUUCCAAGAAGUCUGAAUUUCAAAGGAUAGUCGCGUUUCAGUUCACAUAUUGUUUCAGAAAGUGAGUUAAGUAAGUUUGCCUUGGAAUGCAGACUCCAUCCCUACUUCUCUUAUCUGUUCCUCAGUUCCCUGGGAGGUGGGGUGGGGAACAAACCUAGCUGCUGACAUAGAAAUAGUUUUUAGAGAAGUAAUUUAUUCCAGUGUUAAGAAAAAGUAUUAAAGGAGGAAAUAAAAAUUCACAUUGCUGUCUUCUUGUCUUCUUGUCUUCUUUCCAUGUAAUGCUAACUGGUUUGUUUUCCUUUCCAUACAUUCUCUCCAAGGAACUAGUGUCAACCUGGGUAAGGGACUGGACACACCACUUCAUGCAGCCGCUAGAAAAUCCAGUGCAGAAAUUGUCAACUUGUUAACAGACUACGGGGCCAGCUUGAAAUGUAGAAAUUCUGAAUUAAAAUGUGCUCUUGAUCUUGCUGCACCUAAUAGCUCUGUUGAACGGGCACUGUUGCUUCGGGAAGGUAAUGGCCUAGACAUUUGUCACCGUCAUGCUUCUUGCAAAUUGUCAGGUCUUAUUGUUGUCCACAGAGGUUCUUAGGGGUUAACUGGUUACAGGGAUGUCCUUGAAUGACUUUAAGAGAAUUUGAGCCAAUUAGAUCAUGGCUAUACAAAUGAAAUAUAUGGAGAUGGGGAAAGGAAGUGAUCUGCUUUGCCUGUGCAUAAAAAUCUGGGAAUUCCUAUGCCUGUAAUAUUUCAGAACUUUGGGGGCUUUCAUUAAAUUGUAAAGCAAAAAUGGAAAUGGGAAGCCACAAGACAAGAGUGUAGCAUUUAUCUCCAUAUACAGAAUAGUGAAAAUUUUAUUAAAUUACUUUGGUUUAACUAAAGCCCAGGUUCUGUAUCAUUGUGCUUCAAAAAUUAUUUAGUGAGCUAAAUAUAGUGUAAUCUAGGUUCCCAAUUAUUCCCAUGGAAGCUAAAAUCUAAAUUUGAAUUGAUGAUGCUUUUUCUAUCUAGCUUUUUACCUGGAUUUGCCUACUCUUGAUUCACAGUCUCCUUAUAGACUAGAUUUCUGCCCACUGAUAUAUGCUGUACUUAUCUCUGAGUUGACAUUAUUGAAUUCAUACUACUGUUCUUUUUUCUCUCUUCCACCAGGCCCUCCUAGGCUGGCCCAACUGUGCCGAUUGUGUAUCCGAAAAUGCUUGGGCCGAUCAUGCCUUUAUUUAGUCCACAAACUACACUUACCUGAACGACUUGAAGAUUUUCUUUUGUUCCGAUAA